UCUCUCUCUCUAGUCUCUCUUUCGUUCCACUGGACCUUAGAAGGUUCCCCAACACCAAAUUUCCCUUCCUUUCUCAGUAAUAACAACAAAGCCAACGAAAAGAGCCCCAUCUCUUACUUCAUUUCCAUAACUAUUCCCAUUCUCUGCUCCCCUUCGCUCCUUUCAAUGCCACCCCACUUUCAAAAGCACUUCUGAUACGAGACUCUUUGAAGCCCAUCUGCUCUAUUUCUCUCCUCCCUUGAGUUCUCAAUCUCAGAGCAGAAGAGCUCGAAUGGAGAAAACUAAGGCGACCCAACAAGUCGCUUCCUUCCUUGUUGCGGUCCUCCUCUGUUUUGAUACUGGACUUUGUGAUUCAGAAAUGAGUAGCGUUGUUGCUCCGAUGGAGGGAGGGGAGAAAGAGGCCUUGUAUUCUGCGAUUGAAGGAUUUGUGGGGGACUGGUGGAAUGGCUCUGGGCUUUAUCCUGAUCCUUGUGGAUGGACUCCGAUACAGGGAGUCUUGUGCGAUUUCUUCGAAGGGUUAUGGUACAUAACUGGCAUAAACAUCGGUCCUGUGCUCGAAAACUCUCUCGAAUGCAGUCAAGAUGCAAAUUUUACUCCAUCCCUCUUCAAUCUCAAGCACCUAAAGACCCUCUCUUUAUUCGAUUGCUUCACCUCUCAAAACACCACCAUACCUUCUGUCAACUGGAACAAAUUAUCAUCUAGCCUGGAAACCUUAGAAUUGAGAUCAAAUCCAAGCCUCAUUGGCAAAAUCCCAGUUGGGUUUGGCCAAUUAUCAAAACUUCAGUCAUUAGUACUCAUCGAAAAUUCAUUAUCGGGUGAAAUGCCUAAUGAACUUGGCUAUUUAGGCAAUCUCAAGAGGCUUUCACUUGAAGGUAACAAGUUUUCAGGCAACAUCCCCUCGUCUCUUGGCCACAACUUGAGUGAUCUCUUGAUUUUAGACCUUAGUAGAAAUUAUUUAACUGGGUCUCUCCCUUCAUCACUUGGAAGCUUGACUUCACUAUUGAAGUUGGAUUUAAGCAACAAUUUGUUACAUGGAAGCCUGCCAAAUGAGCUUGGCAACUUGAAGAAACUUACAUUGUUCGAUAUGAGAAGCAACAAUUUAUCGGGUGGGCUAAGCCAAUCUCUUCAAGAAAUGGUCUCACUGCAAGAUUUGCUUCUUUCCGACAACCCCAAUAUUGGAGGGAAUCUUGUUGAGUUUAAAUUCAGUAGCUUGAUUAAUCUGACUAACUUGGAUUUAUCCAAUAUGGGUCUCCGUGGAAUCAUCCCAGAGUCGAUUUCUAAGCUUAAUAAGCUUAGAUUUCUUGCCUUAGACAACAAUUAUCUCUCUGGAAGUGUUCCUUCAAAGCUGGAAGCUUUGCCUAGUCUCCGAGCUCUUCAUGUCAACGCGAAUAAUUUAACUGGUGAGCUUGAAUUCUCUGAAGAAUUUUAUACAAGGAUGGGGAGGAGAUUUGCUUCAUGGAAUAAUCCGAGUCUUUGUUACAAAGUUGGGAAGGUUUCUAGAGAGAAUGCUCCUUUUGGUUUGAAUGAGUGCAGGAAUGAAAAGGAUUAUAACGUUAAUUCGAAAAAUAAAAUUGAGGAAGAAAACCCAGAUGAGAAUUCAAGAUUUAUAGCUUCAGUUGGGCCGUCUGAUAAUUCAGUGAGUGGGUUUUGGGGGGUGGUUCUUGUUCAAGAUCUGGUGGUUGUGUUCCUCUUGGUUUUGUUGUUGUAGGCAGGGAGGAAAAAAGAACAGGGAUGCAAUUAAGUGAAGGGGGUUUUAGUCAUAUAAAAAAUUUCAGUUUUAUGUACAAAAUUUAUCUUUUGUGAUCAUUUUGUAACAGAGGGCUUGAUCAGAAGAUGACAAAUGCCCAGUUUGGCACA